AUGAAUUUCCUUGAUAAAAUUUCAAUUUAUCAGCACUGCCAAGUUUAUUAUUACCAUUGUGCUUUAGCAGGUUCUUUUGCUGGUUCCUUAGCAGGCUCUUUUGCGGGCGGUUCUGGUGCCUUUGCCGGUUCCUUUGCGGGCGGUUCUGGUGCCUUUGCCGGUUCCUUUGCGGGCUGUUUGGCUGGUUCCUUAGCCGGUUCUUUUAGUUGUGGCAUUGGCAAAGGUAAAGCAUCCCUUCUUUUUAUAUCUGACAAAAAAUUUCUUGAUUCUUUUAGGUUGAUCCCUCGUCUCGAAAAUGCGGAAUCUUGA